GCUGGUUUGCAGUUAACGCAAGUGGGGGUUGAAUUGAUUAGUUUCUCGGUAUUGGCCACUUUUGGAAACCCGGGCGCUGCAGCAACACAUGAAUGCCACACGGUCAAAAGUCACUUAAAGGUUGUGGGGUCACCUCCAAUGAAAAGAUGAGGGAGCCGAUUCUCAUCGCCUCAGAGCGGCGUCGGGACAAUGAAGAGUUGCACACUAUUGAAAAUGUGGUACUUUAUGUGUUCCCACCUGACCGUGGCAUCUCUGAGCUACGUGUGAAUGAGGGACGGUGGUAAAGAAAGCGACGUCUAGACAAGAAGGGCGUAAACAACAUUUUGUAAGACAUGCUACGGCACGCCCCAUGUUUGACUUUUUAUGUUUUUACGCUCUUAGAGACUGGACAGUUUCGCGUACUUGAAGAAAUCUAGAAAUUCUGUAUCAUUAGGAGAGAAGGGCCCCCCAAAAUAGUGUCCUAUUCUUGAGAGAAAGAAAAGUACUUCAAGACCCCUUUAAACUGUAUCUCUGUAUAGUCUGGGUAUCAGUGUAUCUCACCGGAAUGCUGGACUCGUGAUGAGCGCAGUUGGCGCACGACUUCUUUUGAUGUUUUUACUAUGUUUGUCCAGUUGCUUAGAGCACGGUGCCGCUUCAUAAAAGUUUCAGACUCUGGACGAUCAUGGGGGUGGUCAGGGGGCUGCCCUUUUUGCUUUCAUUCAAGCUCUGAAAGGCUGGUGUUGCGACCCUCACUCUCAUUGUGGAGUUUCACUCCUGUGUGCUGCUGACCGGAGCUAGAAACCCGUUUUGGAGAAGACACAAUAGCCUAAUUAUGAAACUCAUAUGCGUUUUUAUAAAGAAUUCUGUUUCCGAACGAACAACGCAAGACCUUGUCUGGAAUUGAGUUAUGGAUUUCAUAAGACGGCGUUUUUUUCAAGAAAGCAACGAUGAAAAAAACUAACAAACAAACGAAAACGGAAAAACAUCAAGAGGCCUUUCAACAUGGAGUGGAGAGAUGACAGAUUACAAAAUUGCCCACGAAGGACUUUGUCCAAACAAACUGAAUUCCAAUCUGUGGGUUGAUGCGCAAAGCACCUGCGAAAGGGAAUGCAACGUGGACGAGGACUGUGCCGACUUUGAAAAAUGUUGCACCAACGUGUGUGGUCUAAACAGCUGUGUGGCCGCACGGUUUUCUGACGGAACCCCAGCUCAACCUGGAGGGCAGAGUGCAGGAAAUACAAGUGAAAGUAACUCCACUGCAACCUGUGAUGGCUUCAUCUGCAGCCAGCAGGGCGCCACCUGUGAUAUCUGGGAAGGUCAACCCAUCUGCAAGUGUCGGGACCGCUGUGAAAAGGAGCCCAACUUUACUUGUGCCUCUGAUGGUCUCACUUAUUUCAACCGCUGCUACAUGGAUGCAGAGGCUUGCAUACGCGGAGUCACACUGACAGUGGUUGCCUGUCGUUUUUAUCUCGCUGGACCUCAUACCAGUCCAUUACCCCAGGACACAACAGCGCAUCCUACCCCGGCCUCAUCCCAAGAGAACCCCAUGCCCCCCACACUCUACUCCAAUCCUCACCAUCAGUCCAUUUAUGUGGGAGGCACAGUCAACUUCCACUGUGAUGUUGUAGGCAUCCCCAGGCCUGAUGUGACAUGGGAGAAGCAGAGUGAGCGGAGAGAGCGACUGGUCAUGAGGCCAGACCAAAUGUAUGGGAAUGUGGUCAUCACGAACAUUGGACAGCUUGUUGUUUACAAUGCUCAGGUUUGGGAUACAGGUAUUUACACCUGUAUUGCAAGGAAUUCUGCAGGAGUGCUUCAUGCAGAC